UAUGUGCUGGACGUUUCUCACUUUACAUAGUCAAGUAGUGGUGACAGCUGAAAUCUGCAGAUUUUUGGUCCCAUGUUGGUUAUACAGGUAUAUGAUACACAAUGAGUGUAAGUAAAGAUGAUUUGGAUUAUGUAUACAAGUCAUCUCUUCACAGCAGCAGCAUCUUGCAUCACCUCAACAGUCAAAGAAAUCAGGGUAUUCUUUGUGAUGUGACGUUGGUUGUAGAAGACACCAACUUUCGGGCUCAUCGGGCUGUUCUUGUAGCAUGUAGCGAUUAUUUCUUAACAAGGAUUUUAGGACAGCCAGAUGCUAUUACCAUCACAUUACCUAAAGAGGUGACAUUGAAAGGAUUUGUUCCACUGCUCAAUUUUGCAUACACUUCUGAACUUGUAUUAAAUAAAGAAAACUUGUAUGAAGUAAGCCAGUGCGCAGAGUUAUUGUUCAUCCAUAACCUGGAGAAAACAUGUUUCCAGUUUUUGGAAGUCAAAUUUCUCGAAAACAGGCAUGAACAGCAGACAUAUUCCAAGAGAACUUGUUGCCCAUCUCUGUGUAAGAAGAUUAAACAGAGCAACAUGUUGGAAGAUCAUGGAAGCACAGAGGGCAAGGAUCAGGCAGUAAAUUCUUUGGGUACUGAACAUUCUAAGAGUCUUUCAGACCUCCAUAGUUUUACUGACAAUAUGAAAGUUGGUGCAGAAUUGUAUGGCAGUUCACAAGCAUGCUGCUCUUACUUAGAACUAGAAAACUCUCCUGACAUUUUGUCACUGUGCCCUAAAUUUCGAAAGUUUCAGCCAGCUUGUAGAACUGACAAACUUUAUACAUUUGGUUUCACCUCUGUUGCUCAAGAUGCCCAUACUGAGAUGGAAGCCCCAUUACAGGAGAAUGAAAUAUGUGACAGAAAUGAAUCUCUCAAAGUAGAACAAGACCGAAACACGCCGGACGUUUCACAGAGUGAAUUCCAAAUGGAUGAAGAACACAGUAGGAGGAAAGAAGCCAAAACAGCAGAUACUUUUUCCCAGGCCAGCUCAGUCCUCGUGAAUGAAAAGUACAUGGAAACAAAUUCUGGUGCCAAGCUUUAUUCUGAUCUGGGGGGUAGUACCAUGUCUUAUGUUCCCCCUUCUUUUCCAUCAGGAACUUCACACUGCAGUGCUUUAAACAGCAAUGAACUACAAAACAGCAGACUAAUAAAUGCAGAAAAUAUUUUAAGUGUUGAGGGUGAAGAAAAUCCUACCAGUGGAGCGGGUCUUCAGGCUUUUCAUGACCCCACUGCAUCUGAUUUCUGCAUACAGCAGGACAACCUGACUGAACUUUAUAGUAGUCGAAGCAGUGUAGAGAGGGAGGUAGCUGAACAUCUAGCAACGGGGUUAUGGUUUGGUAUGGAGAACACUUGUGCAACACAGUCAGCAUCAAAUGCUGUUGAGAAAGACUGCUCUGAACAGUUAAAUGUUGAAAAAACUUCAGAAUGUCCCUGGUUGUCCAUCAGUAUUAGUCAGGAUUCCGAACCUCGUGUGUUUGCACCUCUGAGUGCAGUCAGCUGUCCGUUUAUAAGUAAACUUGGGAGUACUGAGUGUUCUGAAGAGGCAGAACUGAGGGAUUUUGAAUGUGAUCAAGCCCUACAGCAGGAAGGCUCUUUUACCUCCAUGUUGAACUCUGGAGAAGAAUCAGAAUCCGACACUGAAGGAGACAGUGAAUCCUUCUCUGCCAGGGAACAAGUCUGUGAGGUGAAACUUCCAUUCCCUGUUGAAAGUAUUUUCAGACUAUCUAGAAAUGAUUUCCAGGCCUUACUGAAAGUGCACAAAUUAACUACAGAGCAGAUGGAUUACAUUCAUGAUGUUCGAAGAAGAAGUAAAAAUCGUAUCGCAGCCCAGCGCUGUCGGAAGAGGAAACUGGACUGCAUUCAGAACUUGGAAAGUGAAAUUCAGAAGCUGCAAUGUGAAAAAGAAAAAUUACUGAAAGAACGAGAUCAGUUAAAGGUAACUGUGGGGGAAACCAAGCAGAAUUUAACUGGUCUUUGCCAGCAAGUCUGCAGGGAAGCUGAAUUGACAAAUGAACAAAUAAAUAUCCUUAGAAAAUACUCAACAUUGGAUUGCCCUUUUUCUUUACUGAUGCUUGAGAAGUCAGCAAUUCAAGCUGCAGAAUGUAAACCUGUUUCUUCUUGCCUGCGAUAUCUGCCCGGAGUUUCAUCCUUUACAGGCACUUCUGAGAACGUACACUCUGCAACACACCAGGAGUCUCCAGCCAGUGUCAUGUAUGAACCAGGAAAGGAGGCUUGUGCAUUUUCCACAGUGAGAACGUCGGACAAUGUUUUACCAUCAGAACUAUGUUUCCAGACUGGCAUCACAGACUUUUGUCAGCAAAUGACUGCAAAGUGCACCACAGAUGCUGCAAAAUGUACCACAGAUUAAUAAUUGCUAUAUGUAUAUUUUGUUUCAAAUUUUGUAUGAUAUAUGCGUAUAAAAGCAAAAUUUUUACUCAGGACAAGGAGAGAAAUUGUAAAACCUUUUACUCUAAAUUUGCAUUUUCUUUCUUUAUAAUUGCUUAAUAUGAUUCCUUAGGAAGUCAACAAGCUCGGAUAUAUACACCUCAUACCUUGACUCAAACCAGCCAACUGUAGCAAUCACAUUUUUUUCUGCGUUCCACUACAAAGUAGGAAUACUCACUGUGGUCUGAAAAUGAAGUGGAAAAUUAAACAUAACUAACUUGCA